AUGCAUCUAUUCUAUAUUCUCUUAUUUCUUGUUCUUCCAACAUUUAUUGAAUCUCGUCAACAAGAUAUAUCUUUAAAUGAAGAAACUCCAAUAGGUACAAUAAUAUUCGAUUUAAAUACAUUAUCAUCAUCUGCAAUAACAUAUCAAUUAUUAGAAAGUUCAUCAUUAAUUUCAUUUAACUCAACAACAAAUCUUAUAUCAAUAUCAAAACGUAUUGAUCGUGAUACAUUAUGUCCAUAUGAUGAUACAUGUUCAAAAUGUCAAAUAACUAUGAAAUUUUAUGAUAUGUUUUAUUAUGAUAUAUUAUUAUUAAUAUUUAAUAUUAAUGAUAUUAAUGAUAAUCCACCAAUAUUUAGUUCGAAUACAUAUUCAAUUUCCUUAACAGAAAAUAAUAUUCCAGGUAUAAAAAUACGUUUAUCAAAAGCUGACGAUAUUGAUUGUGAUAUAAAUGGUGUACAAUUAUAUGAAUUAACAUAUGUUCUUCAUGGUCAUGUUAUGAUAUCAUCAAUAAAUCUUCUUCAUAAACAACAAAAUCAAACGAUAAAUCAACCAUUUUAUUUAUUUUAUGAUACAAAUUUUGAUUUAUAUCUUAUUAUUAAUCAAACUCUUGAUCGUGAAUUACAAAAUGAAUAUAUAUUUACAAUAACAGCAAAUGAUUAUUCUCAUACAAUAUCAUCAAAAUUAACAUUAACUGUUCUCGAUGUUAAUGAUCAUAUUGCACAUUUUUCUCAAUCAAUUUAUUCAAUAAAUAUAUCAUAUUCAACAUUACCGGGAACUAAUCUAUUAAAAUUAACUGCAUAUGAUCCCGAUUUAGAACAUAAUGCACGUAUUUAUUAUUCAUUAUUAAGUAUUGAUGGUACAAAUAAUAAAAAUGAUCUAUUUCAAAUCAAUUCUCAUACAGGUGAAUUACGUCUUAUAUCAAAUCUAACACAACUUGAAUCGAAACAUAUAUUUAAAUUAAUUAUUGGAGCAUCGGAUGGUACAAAUAAUGCUAUACCAGCAUUGGCAACUGUAUAUAUAAAUAUAAUUCAACAAUCAAUUAUAACAAUAACAUUUGGUUCAAAUCGAAUAUCAAAAAAUGCUUCUGAAGUAUUUAUCGAAGAAAAUUUACCUAAUUCAACAUUUAUUGCUUAUAUAACAUCCGAUAAAAAUCUUCAAAUAUUACCUGAAGGUAUUCAUCAAGGUUUUUUUAUACAAAAAUUAUCUGAAAAUUCUUUAACAUUAUUAACUGAUCGAAGUUAUGAUAGAGAAAAACAAUCGUCAUAUGAUGUUUUUAUUCGUAGUGGUGAUAAUGAACGAAAUUUUCGUAUAAUUGUUACUGAUAUAAAUGAUUGUCGACCUAUAUGGAAUACAUCAUUAUUAAAUCUAAAUAUUCAUUCACAAUUAAUGAUCUUAACAUUAAAUGCAACGGAUUAUGAUGAUGGUAAUAAUGGUAAAAUUGGUUAUAGAAGAAAAGGUUAUAUGUGGCCAGAAUGGAUUCAAUUAAUUGAGAAUAAAUUAAUCAUUAAUUGUACAAAUGAAACAGAUAAUAAUUGUUGGAAAAAUUUAUUAAAUAAAGAUAUAUUUAUUGAUAUUGAAGCAUAUGAUUAUGGUAAACCUGAAUUAUCAUCAGUAAUGAAAAUACGUUUAUAUCGUAGUUCAACAAGAUUAAUGUUUAUUAAAUAUGAAUAUAUAAUUGUUAGUAUAGCAUGUUUAUUGGGAAUUUUAUUUGUUUUAUUCAUGAUAUGUUUAUGUAUAUGUUAUCGAAAAAAAUCUUCGAAAAAAAUGAAAGAAAUUAUGGAUGAUAAUAGUACAAAACAAAAAAUUAUUCAAACAUCAUCAUCGGAACAAAGUUCUUCUGCUGGUUCACUUUAUGGAUCAGAAAAAUCAGAUAAUAUUACACUUGAAACAGCAGCGAGUUGUCAUUUAGAUAUGUUUCUUUUCUCACCAAAACGUACAGCUUUGGUAACAGAUACAACAUAUCCAUAUACAUUUUUAAAUAAAUCAUCAAUAAAUCAAACAGAUAAUUUAACAAAUAAAUUAUUUCAUUCAAUACAAAAUGAUCUUUCAUUAUUAACCGAUACAAAACAAGAUGUUAUAACAAAUCAGGGAACUUAUGUUUAA